CUUUUCCCAUUUCCGAUAGCACGGGAAGGCAGCAAACCACGGCAGUAACUGUUACGGCUUGACACUUUAGCUUUAGCUUACAGACAAGAAACAGCGUCGUUGUCGUUCAAAGACAUUUCAUUUCACAAUGUCAGCAGCCGGUCCAGAAGGUUCUGGUGCAGCGUCAGGCAACAGGCGCUUGCAGCAGACCCAGGCCCAGGUGGAUGAGGUGGUGGAUAUUAUGCGUGUUAACGUGGACAAAGUGCUGGAACGUGACCAGAAGCUGUCUGAACUGGAUGACAGAGCCGACGCACUGCAGGCUGGAGCCUCCCAGUUUGAAACCAGUGCUGCUAAGCUGAAAAGGAAGUACUGGUGGAAGAACUGCAAGAUGUGGGCCAUUCUGAUAGCUGUCAUAGUGAUCAUCAUCAUCAUCAUUGUUAUUUGGAAUUACUCCUAAAACAGCAACAAGAGGAGGAGUGAAGGAAACGAUGAAGAAGAGGAGAGGAGCAACAUACAUAAUUAAUAUUUCCAAGGAAGAUGUCACGUGAUUUCUGGCUACUGUGCUUCACAAUGUUUUUCUCCUGGCAGGGGUCUUCAUUCCUUGGCCUGGUUUGCCCUGUGUGUGUGCGUGUGUGUGUGUGGGUGGGUGUGGGUGGGUGUGGGUGGGUGUUCUGAGUAAAGGAUUGUCACAAUACCAGAGUUUUACCCUGCAUUACUAAAUCAUACCAGACAUCUUUACACUUACUAGAAUUCCAUUGCACUUGCCAAAGAAAACAGAAACAUACAUAAAGAAACUGGUUGACAAUUUAACUCAAUCUCAACCAAAACAUAUUUAAAAGUUUAAAUGAAUCCUCUUAGAAUGUGUGACAAAGCACACAUACACACACACACACACACACACACACACACACACACACACACACACGCGCACGCGCACGCACACGCGCGCGCGUACAUGUACAUACAUACAUCAACCUCAGGACAUAACGUGAAGAAUGUUGUUGUAAACUCUCCUCAAUUGAUAUUGACUUUUUUAUGUUUUAUUAAUAGCCAUUGAUUUUGUGUGCCAGCCUAAAAGAAGUGCCUUUGAGGAUAUGCUGUUCUGUGUUAGCUAACAUAGUAUUAGUAACCCUGCAUAUAAUUGAAGAGAUGCCCCUUUCCAACACAUUGAAUUAAGAGGAAUUUCAUUGGUCACCCGGCAACAAAUAAGCUAACCAGUAACACACUGUUGAACCACCUGAUCAUACCUGUCAUUGUCCAUCUUCCUUUCAGGUAGGACAGUAAAAACUAGUAUAAACUUGUGUUUAGAUAAGUGCCUUUAUGUUAAGACCUACAGCCUUACAACUACGUAAGGCUAGAGAAACUGCUACGAAGUUUACUACACUUUGUGCUACACUGGGUUGUGGCAUAUUGUUUCAAGCAGGUGUUCUCAAGGACGUGCUACAAAGUUUGCCUUUUUGUGAUAUAUUCAAGCACAAAAAAAUAAGAAAAUGUAGUAUUAGACAGAUGCCUUAAUAGGUUUCUCCAAUGGAGAACAGCCAAAAUACAGCCACGCCUUAUUGAUCAUAUAUACCAGCCAGUAAAAGUAGUGCCUUCUGAAUGCUCCAACUGUCCAAACAAAUACUAUAUUGCUUGCUUAUUCAGCUGAACUCAUUAGCCUUUAAUAAACUCUUCUGUUUAGUCAUACUGUCAUUUGUCCCACUUGAUUGAUGCAAAGUACUUCUCACAUGUGAUAUUUUAGUUUUAUUAUGCCUCUAACAAUAGCUUUUUGUAAUAUAUGUAGAUCUAACCUUAAGGAGACUGUAUAGUAUUUUUUGUUUUGGAGAUCACUGCUGCUCAGCAUCAUGCGUUCUUGAGUGUAGAGAAAAACUUUGUUGGGCAAUGACAGUGUUAUAUACCAACACUGGAUGAUUGCAUUCUGUUGCCUCCAACUCUAUUAAAAUAAAUGUAUUUUAAUGAGAUAAACAA